ACGUGCUGCGGCAAUACACGUUGAUUUGCCUUCACUUGGUCAACAUCGUGCAAUAGUUUCGACAAAAGGACGUUAAAUUCAAAAGUUCUUUCUAAUAAAAAAUCAAAAUAAAAAUUAAACUCAAAAUAAAAUUCACAAGUGAAUUUAGACUUUAACGACUAAAUUAUCGGCGAAAACUUCAAAUCUUCUUGCACGUAUCUUUUCUUCGAAUAAUAAGGAAGAUAGAAUGUCGAUCUCAGAUUUCCGCAAGAAGAAACUUUUGUUCCUGUUCAAUGUAUUUUUUGAUGUGAAUCAAAGCGGCGAAAUUGAUGUGAAGGAUUUUGAAUUGGCCAUUGAGCGCGUUUGUCAGCUACGUGGUUGGGUAAAGGACACACCAAAAAAUAAGGAAACUCAUGCUGUCAUGCUAGAAAUUUGGGAAGGGCUGCGCUCCAAAGCCGACAAAGACAAUGAUGGUCAGGUUUCAGUCGAUGAAUGGUGUAAUAUGUGGGAUGCUUAUGCGAAGGAUCCUAGUACUGUGCUGGAAUGGCAGACCAAAUACAUGAAUUUCAUGUUUGAUCUGGAAGAUGCAUCCACUGAUGGCAGCAUUGAUGCACAAGAAUUUGCUUUAGUCUGUUCCAGUUAUGGUUUGGAGAAGAAAGAAUGUGAAGAGGCAUUCAAUAAAAUGUCACAAGGAAAAGCCGAAGUUACUCGUGAACAAUUUGCUGCACUCUGGAAGGAAUAUUUUUCAUCAGAGGAUGUCAAUGCUCCAGGAAACUUUAUUUUUGGCAAAACCUCAUUUUAACGAUCUUAACUUUUUGUUAUAAUUUAUUUUUUCGACUAAAUUUGACUAAAAAAAAUUUCUUAAGGAAUGAAAUUCAGGAAAAGCAAAGCGCCAAAGUCCUUUAGAUUACACAGCAUUACUCGGCAAUGUGUUUUAAUGAAAUUAAUUCAAUUAAUUUUUGAUAUAAAGAAUCAAAUUAAAAUAGAUUAGUUAAUAUAAAUUUAUUUAAAUUUUAAUAAAAUUUUCUCAAUUAAAUUUGUCUAUAAAACGAAUCUUUCAAGUACACUGAGAAAAAUAUGCAAUACUAAAACAAAAGAAAUGUAUUUUUUGUAGUUACUCCGUCGAUGAAUUUUAGAAUAUCAAUUAUUAAUAUUAAAAGUAUUUAAAAAUGAUAUAAAUAAAAUACUUAUAAUUUUCUUGAUGUUAAAAAUUAAAAUCAAAAUUGGAUAUUCCUCGGAUAUACCAGAAAAAACUUUAUCUCUAAAAUAGCAAAAACAAAGUGUAAUGUGUAUUUAUUAAAUGUUAAAAAUAAAAUAAUAUAUAGAAAUGUUUUAAAUCGAUUAUAAUGUUUGUGUGUAGAUAAAAUAUAAAUUUUAAUUAAAUUACCAAAAAAAAAAAAAA